GCAGGGAUAUUUCUGUUACUAACUGAUGGUUAGAACACCAACCACACUGUAUCAGUGUGCUGAUAUCAAAGACUGAGAGGUUGAACCAACAUGUGUCAGAUCAGGUCUGCAUUCUAUCAUCAAUCAAUAUGUGGUUGAUAUAUAAUGUGUUGGCGUUCUCUGAGAAAUGGCGCAUUUCCAAAGAAUCGGUUGUUUGAUCGAGAGCACAAACCCUUCAUUCGAUACCUUCGACGUCCCCAUGUCUAACCCACUGCCACAGCAAAAAUGGUAUCCAGUUUUCAAACCGGAGCUUGACACGGCAGCCCACGAUCCUCUUGACCCAGACAAACGAUACCAUGAAGGUAUCUUCAUUGAAACGAACCCGGAGAAUCGGAAGGGAACACUAUUCCAUGUCACUGGUGACAUCAUUGCAGCUGGUGGCAUGAGGUAUGAAGAGAAAGAUAACUAUACUCCCGGGGUGUCCGCGAGUUUGAACCGAUCGGUGUUGAUUGGAUGGGUUCUCAAGGCUGAUUAUGAUUCGGGGAGAAUCAGUGAUAUUUUGAAAGCUUUGCCAACACCGCCCAAACAGCAAGGGCUAAACUUUUGGGCGGAGCCUGGUAGGAUGACUGAAAUGAUUUGGACGAAAGAGAAUGGAGAGCGCUAUGGGCCUGACGAGCAACGUCCGCCCAUCUUCAAAUGUAAUGAAUGGACGAACAACCACGCAAUCCCAGCAUUGCGUGAGGCUGGAAUUUUGAGAGAAAGUGUCUAGGCAAAGAGUAUUAUGUUUUUU